AUAUGUAUAAUAUCGACAAAAGAAUAUAAUUUCUCCAGUAUUGAAUGAGUCCUUAUGGAAAAAAUUGGAUGUGAAAGAAUUUGAAGAAAAUACGUGCAUACAUACAGAGAUACAUGAGAGGAAAGCUCUCCUCAAGUUCAAAGCAAGUCUUGUCGAUCCUACGAACAGAUUGUCCUCGUGGAGGGACCUGAACUGUUGCACGUGGGAAGGUGUCACUUGCGACCAGAUUACGGGGCAUGUUAUCGAACUUGAUCUCAGGGGCAAUGUUAGUUUCGACGAUGACAUGACAAUGACUAAGGCUAUUUUCGAUGACAGACCAUCUUGGCAAUCUGUCAAAGUUGCGUAGGCUUGAUCUCAACUAUAAUGAUGGCCUUAUAUCCAAUGAUAUCAGAUGGGUUUCCAACUUUUCAUCGUUGGAAUAUCUUGAUUUGAGUUGGGUUAACCUUUCCCAAACUAAUGAUUUAGUUAAGGUACUCAACGUGCUACCUUCUUUGUCUGUGCUGCGCUUGUCACGGAGUUCACUUAACAAUCACUUAUCCCAUUCUUGUUUAAAUUCUUCAUUUCUUUCACAUGUCUAUCGCUUGGAUCUUAGUUUGAACGGAUUUCACGGAGAAGUUCCUUGCUUUCUCUCGAAUAUGACUUCUCUGAGGAUUCUUGAUCUUUCAAACAAUGUAUACAACACUUCACACUUGCAAUUUUUAAAAUUAAGAAACCUUGUUCAUCUCAACCUUUAUGAGAACCAAUUUGAAUAUGAGUCAGAUUGGAUCUCCAAACUCUUGGGUGAUAAUUGCCGCUUGGAAUCAUUGUCUCUGUCUUAUAAUCACUUUCAUGGGGAGAUCUCAUCAGUUUUCAACAAUAUUUCUGGAUGUUGGAGUCAAAAUUUGAAGAGCCUAGAAUUGUCAGGAAACAACUUCAAAGGUGGUUUACCGAAUGAUUUGGACAAAGUCAAACGAUUAACAUCUCUUGAUCUUUCUGGUUCAAAUAUAAGUGGUCAAAUUCCUGAAUCUCUUGGAAACUUGUCGGGUUUGGAAGAGUUGGAUAUCUCUUAUAACAAGUUAGUGGGUCUCAUUCCAUCAUCCUUUAGAAAGUUGAAAGCAUUGAGAUGGUUGCGUCUCUCUUCUAAUCAAUUAAGUGGAGAAAUUCCAAUAUUUUUGGGGCAACAAUCAAAUUUGGAGAUGCUGGGCAUUUCAGACAACUUGUUCAAUGGAACAAUUUCUGAGGUUCACUUUGACAAGCUCUCGAAAUUAAAAGCGCUUUUUGUAUCCUCCAACUUGAUCACUUUUAAGUUUGGACAUGGCUGGGUGCCCUCUUUUCAAUUGAGAUAUCUCGACAUGGGAUCAUCCAACAUUGGAGGUCAGUUUCCUGCAUGGCUUCAAUCCCAGAAGACACUAGUUUACCUUAAUUUAUUCAAUUGCGGCAUUUCAGGAACUCUACCGAGCGACAUUGGUUACAUGUUACCUCUUCUAGAAUUUUUAUUAUUGGGCCAAAACUCUAUUAAAGGCUCACUACCUGAUUCAUUCUGCAAUAUGAGAGCUUUGUCGAUUAUAGAUCUCUCCAUGAAUCAUUUAUCCGGGAAUAUGUUGGAGUGUUGGCAAAGCUUUCAAGUGCUAACUUAUUUGUCAUUGUCAUCGAAUGAGCUUUCAGGCAUCAUUCCUCAAUCCAUUGGAGGUGCUUACUUAUUGGAACGGCUUUUGUUGAACGACAACAAGCUUUCAGGACCGAUUCCCUCCACUUUACAGAAUUGUACUCUUUUAGAAGCUUUAGAUGUUGGAGAAAAUAUGUUGUCUGGUAAUAUACCUGAAUGGAUCGGAAAUAAGCUGCCGUUUUUUAAAAUCCUUAGGCUGAGGGAUAAUCAAUUUCAUGGGGAGAUUCCUCAAGCACUUUGUGAGGCUUUUCAACUUCAAAUUUUAGAUGUUGGAAACAAUAAGCUUACCGGAUACAUCCCACAUUGCUUCGGAAAUAUCUCUGGCAUGAUUGAAAAACAUUCAUUGUAUCCAAUUAAAUUUAUUCAAGAGAGAUUACAUCAAGUGUUGAAAGGAGUAGAGAUGGAGUACUCUAAGAAUCUAUCAGAAGUUGUUAAUUUGGAUCUUUCAUGCAACAAUCUUAUUGGAGAAAUUCCUUCAGAGCUGACAGGCCUUCGCAACUUGCGUGGUCUCAAUUUGUCACAUAAUUCCUUGAAUGGAGAAAUUCCAGCGAAGAUUGGAGAAUUGACGUCUUUGGAAUCUCUUGAUCUUUCGAACAACAAUUUGCUUGGAAAAAUCCCCUAUAGUCUAUCAAACCUAUAUUUUCUGAGCCAUCUAAACUUGUCCAACAAUAAUCUGUCAGGACCGAUUCCCACAGGAAAUCAAUUGCAAACUCUCGAAGACCCUUCAAGUUAUGAUGGCAAUCCUCAACUUUGUGGGGCUCCCCUGCCAAAAAGAUGUCCGGGUCAAAAACCACAGAAUCCUUCAAAUGCUAAGAAUCAUAAUGAAGGAGAUGGAGACUCAAUGGAUAGAAUAUGGUUUUGUGCAUUUGUGGUAGGUGGAUUUGGAACUGGAUUUUGGGGUUUUGUUGGACUGUUGGUAUUCAAAAGAAGCUUCAGGCAAGCUUACUUUGGUUUUACAGAUGAGAUUGGCAACAAGAUUCUGCUUGCUGUGGCAUUACUCUGUCGGAGAUUCUCAGGAACACGACAUGACUCUAGAAGCAUUUCAAUCAUACCUUGACAAUCUUAAGCAAAGGUGCAUUGUGCUGCCUGAGCAGGGCGACUAUUUUUCCGUGCAUUUCGUUCAUCAGUCGUCUUCAAGUUCGAAGUUGAUCGGGGGCUCAAUCAGAUGGUAGUCGUCGCAAAGAGAGCCUUCGAAGUUGAUUCUUGCAUGGACCUACAAAUUUAGGGCGCUUUAUCCAUGGAGGAGGUUCGCCGUGGACUGUCAUUGGGUCAUCUAUGUUCAAUAUGCGACGAGAGAUUACACCAAAUUAAUUGAAAAUGAGUCGGGAUAAAAUUAAUUAGUUAUAUUUGCGUAAUACUAAUGGAGAAGUUCGAGCACUGGUUGAACUGAGCGCUGCUUCAACUUGGUGAAUAUUCGCAGGAGGUAAAGUCCGUUCGGGGCAUCCAGCAGGAAGGAGACGACCGAGAGAGAUACUGAGGAACCAUUGGCUGUUGGAUAAACUCCAAGUCAAGGUGGAGAUUGUUGAAACUUGACUUAUUUAGCUGUCUACCCGACCCGGAACCAAAGCAAAAAGACUAUUUCAAUUGAUAGGGUUCCUUUUGGGCUUUGGGUGUUUUGAGGGUGCUUAUAAAUAGAUAGCUAUGGUUUAUGACUAUGAUUAUAACUCUCUGAAUCGGUAUAAUAAAAUCUCUUCGGU